GUUUUAUGACGACAUCUUCCCUCGUCGGAAGUGGUGUUUCAAGUAAACUUCGCCUCAACACAACUUUUCUGUUCAUAUCCCUGAAACAGAGAAGAGUCUGCAUUCAGUCGGUCGUUCAUACGGCGACAGUGGCCGCCAUUUUGGCUCACUGGCUCGGACGACGGCUGUUGACCAACGGCUGGUUUCCAGUAAACAUACACUGUAGCUAGCACUGUUAGCCUAGCAGGGCUCGAAGCUAACGUCAACCCGCUGUCUUACACCUGUAACCUUACUUGUGUUAGUCGGGUAGAGUUUUAAAUGUUACCAUUUAAUAGACGUAUGUUGCAGAUUAUAGUUAGCUAACCAAAUAGGCACCAUUUGUAUUCAGGUGUAGCCAAAGCUUUAUUUAAUCAACAUCUCUAAAGCUAACGUUAGUAAUGUAACGACAGUUUAACUGCUAAUAUUUGAGCUUGUUUGUGUUUGAACACACAUACAGCCAACGACGGUAACUUAUAACACAGAUGCAGUUUCAGUGAUGUUUGUUUACAGUAACUUACAUGAGUUAUCGGUCUUUUGCUAAGAGGAGAAGAGGGGAUGUCUGAGGUCAGGGGUAACUGUAAUGAACCGGGGGCAGGGACACAAGGUGACCCGGACGGACCUUCUCCGGACGGACCACCGGACGGACCAUCCCCGGACCCCGUGAAAUCUCCGAGUGGCGAAGCUGCCAGCUCUGACCUGCAAGGUCUCCCUGCUGGUCGCCCGACCUCAGCUGAUGUUAGCCCCUCACCUUCAGCUGAGACAACCGGCCUGUUGUCAUUACCAUGGGAGAUGGUUACCCACAUUGCCUCGCACCUUCCUGCUCAGUGUGUCAUCACUGUGCUGCCAAAGGUCUGUCAUGCGUUGGGUAAUGUGGGUAAGGACAGCACCGCUUGGCAGCUCCGGGCACGCAGACUAAUAGGAUCCCGAGCUGGCUUUCCAGUCGGACCAAGGGAGGACUUUGACUGGGCUUCUGCUUGCCUGGAGAUGGAGCAGCUGAUAACCUGCUGGACGGGCCAAGGGCAUCUUGUGGCCAGACAGACCCAAGAGGAUGAGGAGGAAAGGGAACAAGUGGGGCAGCAGCAAAGGGCAGGGCAGGAUAGGGAACCAGUUGCAGAAGGACAGGAAGAUGGUAGAGGGGAUGAGGAAGAAGGGGUGGGAGUGGUUGCGCAGGAGGUUGCGUAUGGUGUUGAUGAAGGAAUGGAGGUGGCAAUGGAAGGUGAGGAUGGUGAAAUGCAGCCCAUGGUAGCCGUGGAGCGACUGGAAAGACUGAGAGAGGCGUUGGAAGAGAGACUGGAGGAUGAUGCAGCAGCACUAAUGGAGGAAGAAAGGGACCACAGGAUCGCCUUUAAUGCUGAUGAAGGGCAAGAUGGCGCUCUUAAUCACCAAGAGGCACUGGCAGACCCCAGGAAUCUGGGUAAUGGCAGACAGGGAGAAAUCGACCAACAUCAAACCCCCAGAAGUCCUAGCCCACCCCCAGCACUGGAGUGCAUCAGCCUACCUUCAGGCCACAUUGCCCAGGUCAACUCAGUCCUCCUCGUGGGGGGAGAGGGGGCCGUUUGUGCCACAGGUUCCAGAGACUGGAACGUUAAGCUGUGGGAUCUCCAGGCAGGCACUGGUGGCACCCUGCUGCACACAUUGGGAGGUCAGGGUGACUUCAGCACCCACCGGGGCUGGGUCUGGUGCCUGGCAUCUCAGGGACCUCUGCUGGCCUCAGGGGGCUUCGACAGCACAGUGAGGUUGUGGGACCUACAGGCAGGUGGUGCAGAGAGGGGCCUGAUACGGGCCGGGGCUGCUGUCCUCUGCCUCUCCUGUCAGACAGAUGUAUUGCUGGCUGGUACAUUUGACAAGAGGAUCAGCAUGUAUGACACCAGAGCUGCUGAACCCCUGGUGAAAAGCCUCCGUCUUCAUGGUAACGCUGUAAUGUGCCUCGCUGCAGAUGACAAGUACAUCAUCUCUGGGAGUAAAGACUGCACUGUGGCCGUCUAUGACCGCAGGGCAGGCAAGGGCUUAAAGAGACUCCGGCUGAGCUCUUACCUGCUGUCCAUGAGCUACAGUGGCUGUGAGGUAUGGGCAGGAGACAACAGUGGCAUGCUCCACUCCUUUUCCAUGCAGGCUGGGACCUUAAAACCCCUGUCCCAGUUUGAUGUGGGACACACAGCUCUAGUCACUGGCAUCCACAGGUCCCCCGGAAGCCUCUACACCUGUUCAUCUGAUCGUACUGUCAAGGUACAUAUCCCCUGUUCACCUCCAAGGACAUUAUGCACACUGCAUCACCAAGCUGGAGUCAAUGGGCUGAGUGUGGAGGCUGGAGUCCUUGCUGUCGCCUCAGGGGAUGUCUGCAUGGAAGUCUGGAGGCCCAGAAAAUGAAAGAGCAAGGCCUGCAAACUAUGUGGUAAAACUUGAAAGCAGAUGGGGACAAGUCCCCUGAAGACUAUCAACGCUAUACUGAUCUUUCAGUAUACACACAACAUUGAAACAUUUGAUUUCCUUGUUUGAUCCCGUUAAGAGAUUUUUUUACAAACAAAAACACAUAUAUGAACACAUGAAAUGUGUUUAUUGCUAAAUGUUUGUUCCAUACACUUAAUUGCCAUUUUGUGCCAGUACUCAAAGCUUUCAAAGACACUACGUUGGAAAAAGUGAAUCUCGCUUUCAGUUGUUUAUUCAACAGUGUGAAACAAGCUUAUGGUAUUUACAUGCUUAUGAAUUGACUGAAUCCAUUACAGUAACUGACAUUGUACCAAAAGCUUUAGUUACAUGUACAGUGAAAUAUUUGAAUUAUCCAAGCCCUCUGUGACACACUGAUUGUAUUUGUAAAGCUAUUUAUUUAAACACAUUCAACAGUGCUAAACAAUAUGAUCCUUUUUGUCAAUAUGUCUGUAUAUCCAUUCUGUGUGUGUAUGUGUGUGUGUAUGCUAGUUUUAACAAUGUGUAACCAUUUAAUUGUUCGGAUAAAUCUAACUAUAAAUCAUUUGCACAAUACUUGACAGAUGCAUCCAUUAAAACACAUUGAAAGACUGUUAAAUUACUUGAAAAA